AUGACUCUGUCCAGUCCCAUGAAGUCUGCAGAGCUGCCUCUUAAUGGCCACCAUAACCCGUCUUUCACUCUGGAUGAGAACUUGGACGAGCCACGUCGAGAAGAAUCGGCCCAGAUGAAGAAGAAAAAGAAAAAACAUGAGAGGUCAAAGGAGCAGAUCAAAUCAGUCGGGUUUUUCCAGCUGUUUCGUUACGCCACGUGUCUGGAGGUCGUUCUGAUGCUAGUCGCUCUUCUCUGUGCUGCUCUUCAUGGCGUCGCCCUGCCUCUCAUGUGUGUGGUGUUUGGAGAAAUGACCGACAGCUUCGUACAGAGCGGACAACAGUUCAACUCUACAGGUUCAUACACACGAAAUGUUACCUUUAACUCCACCCUGAUCUCUGUAGGGUGUCUACAUAUUCCUGGAAUCGACAUAGAAACUUCAAUGACCAAAUACGCGUAUUACUUCGUUGGAAUCGGGGCGGCGGUGCUGCUCCUCGGAACCUUCCAGGUCACUCUGUUCAUACUGACGGCGACGACGCAGACCAAGCGCAUCCGAGAGAAUUAUUUCCACGCCAUCCUCCACCAGCCCAUGGCCUGGUUCGAUACUCAUCCCAUCGGAGAACUCAACACUCGACUAACCGACGACAUAAACACAAUCAGCGACGGCCUGGGAGACAAAAUCUGCAUAUUCGUGCAGUUCUUCUGCACAUCCAUUGCUGGUUUUGCUAUCGGAUUUGUUUACGGAUGGAAGUUAACGCUGGUCAUUCUGGCCGUGAGUCCACUGCUGGCAGGUUCAGCGGCGGUCUGGUCGAACAUUCUUACCAGUCUCACCAGUAAGGAGCUAUCAGCCUACGCUAAAGCAGGAGCAGUAGCGGAGGAGAUACUGGUGGCCAUCCGGACAGUCACGGCUUUCAACGGCCAAAAUAAGGCUGUUCAAAAGUACGAGAACAACUUAAUAAAUGCAAAGAAUUUUGGAGUGAAGAAAGCGAUCACUACAAACGUAGCAAUGGGACUCACGCAGUUCUUCAUAUUCGGAACGUACGCGCUGGCGUUCUGGUACGGCACCAAGCUCUCGGUGGACGAACCACAGAACUACUCCAUCGGGAAAGUCCUGAUUGUGUUCUUCUCGGUGAUGAUCGGUGCGUUCUCUCUGGGUCAGGGAGCGCCCAACCUGGAGAGUGUUGCUAAAGCCCGCGGCGCUGCGUACGCCGUCUAUAACACUAUUGACAUGCCUCGUCCUAUCGACAGCAGUUCAAACGACGGAUACAAACCGGAUCUAAUCAUGGGCGACAUCGAGUUUAAGAACGUCCACUUCAGCUACCCGUCCAGAAAAGAUGUGAAGAUUCUGCAAGGAAUGAACCUGAAAGUCCACCAUGGUAAGACGAUCGCUCUGGUGGGAGCCAGCGGUUGCGGGAAGAGCACCACCAUUCAACUGCUGCAGCGCUUUUAUGAUCCAGAUGCAGGCGAGGUGACCCUGGAUGGUCGAGAUAUCCGCACUUUAAACGUCCGUUGGUUGAGGGAGAACGUGGGCAUCGUGAGCCAGGAGCCCGUACUCUUCGGCACCACCAUAGCCGAGAACAUCCGCUACGGUCGUGAGGACGCCACCGAUGAGGAUAUCGAGCGAGCUAUCAGAGAGGCCAACGCCUACGAGUUCAUCUCCAGACUUCCAGACAAGCUGAACACUAUGGUAGGAGAGCGAGGUGCUCAGCUCAGCGGUGGGCAGAAGCAGAGAAUCGCCAUCGCUCGAGCUUUGGUGAAAAACCCUAAAAUCCUCCUGCUGGAUGAAGCCACGUCAGCCCUGGACACACAGAGUGAAUCCAUCGUCCAGGCUGCUUUAGAUAAGGCAAGAGCAGGUCGGACCACCAUAGUGAUCGCUCACCGACUGUCCACCAUCCGCACGGCUGAUGUCAUUGCCGGAUUCAAAGAUGGUCAAGUGGUGGAGCAGGGAACCCACAGAGAGCUCAUGAACAAGAAAGGAGUUUAUUACUCUCUCGUCGCCCAGACAUCCGGGAACGUAGACGACGAGACCGAAGAAGAACCUGAAUCUAGCGGCUUUGAAGAAGAGACGUGUGAGGAAUCAUCAGCAACCGAUACGGAAAAUUUUGACAACCUGACGGCGGCACAGACUGAAAAUGCUGGCUUUGACGAAAUCUCAGAACAACUCCGCAGAUCUCUGCGAACGAACCCGUCGAAACGCUCAAGGAGGAGAAAAUCUAAAAAGAGCAAAAGACGAGAACAGGAACAAGAAGAAGAAAAACUUCCUGACGUCCCUUUCACCAGGAUCUUGGCCCUUAACAAAUCUGAGUGGCCGUACAUGAUGGCAGGGAUGUUCGCCAGCAUCGUUGGAGGAGGCGUCUACCCUUGUGUGGCUAUACUUUUUGCAAAGAUCAUUGGUGUGUUUGCUGAGAUCGAUCCUGAAGUGAAGCGACAAAAGACUCUGAUGUUUUCGCUUCUGUUUCUUCUCGUUGGAGUCGUGGCAUUUCUCACCUUCUUCUUUCAGGGCUUCAUGUUUGGUAAGUCCGGAGAGAUUUUGACCAUGAGGUUAAGAAGCCACGCCUUCAAAGCCAUACUGAGACAGGAAAUUGGCUGGUUUGAUGACCACAAUAACGCAGUGGGAGUCCUGACCACCAAAUUAGCAACGGAUGCAUCACUUGUUAAAGGAGCAUCAGGAUCCAGAUUGGGGUUGGCAGCAAAUUCUAUUUGUUCCCUGGGCAUCGCUAUGAUUGUAGCCUUCGUACACUCCUGGCAACUAACUCUACUAAUUCUUGCCUUUGUGCCCCUCCUCACUGGCGCCAAUUUCAUCCAGAUGAGAGCCAUGGCGGGUCAUGCUUCUAAAGACCAAGGUGCACUCGAGAUGUCAGGCAAGAUAUCUACAGAAACCGUAGAGAACUUCAGGACUGUUGUUGGAUUAACAAAAGAAAAUGUCUUCUUCCAGAAGUUUAAUGACAGCCUCAGUAAACCAUACAGGUCUGCCCUGGCUAAAGCACCUAUUUAUGGAAUUACCUUCGCCCUGGCUCAAGCCAUCCCGUACCUAGUCAAUGCAGCAAUCUUCUGUUUCGGAGCCUGGCUGAUAGCACAUUGCUACACACAGUAUGAAAACGUUUUCCUGGUGUUUUCUGUGAUCAUCUUCGCCGCCAUGAGCAUCGGCCAGUCCUCGUCGUUCGCUCCGGAUUUUGCCAAAGCUAAAAUAGCAGCCGGGAGAAUCUUAAACCUGCUGGAGAAAACGCCGGAGAUCGACAUUUACAGCGAGGCAGGAGAGAAACCACCGAACUUCGAUGGAGAUGUAACGUUUCACGACGUGCACUUUUCAUACCCGACGCGCCCGAACGUGAAGAUUCUGCAGGGUCUGAAUGUAUCGGUGGCUCGAGGGCAGACGCUGGCGCUGGUGGGAGGGAGCGGCUGCGGGAAGAGCACCUCAGUCCAACUGCUGGAACGCUUCUACAGUCAGUCCAGCGGGCAAGUGUUUUUGGACAGGAUGAACACACAGAGCUUGAACCUGGCCUGGUUACGCUCCCAGUUUGGACUGGUCUCUCAGGAACCCAUUCUGUUCGACUGCACCAUCACUGAGAACGUCCAGUACGGAGACAACAGCCGUGACGUCACGCUGGAGGAAGUUGUGCAGGCCGCCAAGAGUGCCAAUAUCCACGACUUCAUACUCAGCCUGCCAGAGAAAUAUAACACGCGUGUGGGAGAUAAAGGUACUCAGCUGUCUGGAGGCCAGAAACAGAGGAUCGCUAUCGCUCGAGCUCUGGUCCGCCAGCCCAAAGUCCUGCUGCUGGAUGAAGCCACUUCAGCCCUGGACACGGAGAGCGAGAAGGUUGUGCAGAAAGCUCUGGAUGAUGCUCGACAGGGUCGGACCUGCAUCGUCAUCGCUCACCGCCUGACCACCGUCCAGAAUGCGGACAUCAUCGCGGUCAUUCAGAACGGACGGGUGGCCGAGCAGGGCACCCACAGCCAGCUAAUGGCCAAAGAAGGAGCGUACUACGCCCUCGUAAAUGCCCAAGUCUCUCAUUAA